UAUGACGUGGGAGUCGUCGUGCGGUUGUUUAAUUGGAGCUCCGUUCCGACAAGUCGGAGAUACGUAGAGUAUUACAUAAAAGCCCCCAGUGACGUCUAUGAUGUCGAUCCCCGACUACGUCUGACCAUCCGUCUCUUUCUCCUUGACACCCAGCGUUCGAAAAUCGAGGAGAAUAGCCAAAGGGGUCGAUCAAGGACGCUAGAGAAUCAGCAGCGCAGCCCCAGGAGGAACCGUCGUCAUCCCUAAUUCUCUCUCUUGCAAUUGCAUCCGCCAUCGUUCGCGGCCCGCUCGUGACGGUGUCGGAUGUAUCGACUGGCAGAGAAGCUGUCCGUUGACGUAACGCAUUGAGCAGUUCGAGCAUCGUUGAGGUCUCGUCGCGCCGAAAGUAUGACGAGUGCAGGUAGCGAUGCGCAGAGCGGCCCGCUCGGACCCGUCUUUCGAGUCGUGCCUGGCGUGCAGAGCUAUGAUUGGGGCAUCAAGGGCAAGGACGGCAGCUUGGUAGCCAAAUUUGCAUUCGAAGGUGUGGGCGCAAAUUUGCUCGGGCAUGCGUACGACGAUGACAAGCCUUAUGCGGAGCUUUGGAUGGGCACGCACCCAUGCUGUCCGUCUCGCAUCCUCCCUAGGGAGUCAAGUUCGCCCACUUCUUCCGAGCUGGUCUCACUUUCUUCCUAUCUAGCAUCCCACCCUGAUCUGCUCUCCAAAGCGGUCAUUGAACACUACGGUAUUCGCCUAGACAAGGAGCACGCAAGCAAGAACUCCGUUUUGCCGUUCCUUUUCAAAGUUCUCAGCGUUGGAAAGGCACUCAGCAUUCAAGCACAUCCAGACCGGAACCUUGCAAAGCAGCUGCAUCGGCACAAACCGAACCUGUACAAGGAUGACAACCACAAGCCAGAAAUGGCAAUCGCCAUCACCGACUUUUGCGGGUUCUGCGGGUUUCGGCCAUUCGAAGAGGUCGCGCGGUUCGUUACGGAGGUACCAGAGUUCAAGGCGAUCGUCAAUCUAUCCGAAGAGACAAUCAAUAAGGUCAUCACCGCACAACCUGCCGAUGUACCCGAAGACGAACAGAAAAAUCUUCUUUCAAAAAUCUUUAGCGGCUUGAUGAAGGCCCCAGACUGUGAUAUUCAAAAGUACACAACCCAGCUCGUCCAGCGCUACUCUUCCUCCACGUCUGCAGUAUAUUCUUGUGAAGCCGAAGCUUCCAUCCCACGCCUAGUGUUAUCCCUACAUGCCCAAUUCCCGAACGACAUCGGUCUCUUCUGCGCCUUCCUCCUCAACGAGAUCCAUCUGACCCCUGGCCAAGCUCUAUUCCUCGGUGCCAACACACUGCAUGCCUAUUUACACGGCGAGAUUAUCGAGUGCAUGGCGGCAUCAGACAAUGUCGUGCGCGCAGGCUUAACGCCAAAGGCACGUGACGUAAAUACGCUGGUUGAUAUGCUCACAUUUGAAAAUGGGCCGGGGGACCGGCAGCUGAUGCAGUCGCAUAUAUGGGACGGUGGGAAGUUCGGACUGUCGACACUGUACCAGCCGCCAAUUGACGAGUUCAACGUUUUACGGACCGUACUUGGCGGCUGCCAUGGCAAGGAGGAAAGUCACCGCAGCAUUCGCGGUCCUUCUAUCACCAUCGUCACACAGGGUAAGGUCAAGACUACCUGGGAUAUAGAAGGAGCAAAUUCAGGCAGCAUGGAUCUGGUCGAAGGUAACGUCAUUUUCAUUGCUGCCAGUACCACGGUUAACUUUUUGGUUUAUGGCGAGCAGGAGGCCAUCCUGUUCCGCGCUUACGUGGAAGUUUGACGAUCAGUGCAUCAUGGUCUGUAGUUGAUGAGGACUUUGUAUUCUUUACCCGAAAAGUGAGAAAUCUGGUACAUGGAAG